AUUCGAAUACACCGGAGCGAUGGCACGUACCAUGUUGUGAAGUGCCCAUUGACUACGACGGUGGCAGAGCUGGUCCCUGUGAUGAAUCACAAGCUCUUCUUGGAUGAGACGAGAGAGCCGCAUAGCUUGUAUGUCAAGGAGCGGGAACGAGAGCGUGUACUUGCUCCGACUGAGCGGCCUGCGGAUCUUGUUCGCCGACGGCUUGAACAGGCUGGAUAUGAUGUUGCCGAUGGCUUACCGUCGUUAGGGGCGGAUGAGAUCGGAUUUCUAAUCAAGUUCAUUUAUAAGAGUAAUUUCCUGGGUGAAGCGGUACAGCCGAUUGUGGACAACAAUUUUGAGCUUACUGAUCUUACUGGGCGAAGUCUCAAGACUAUUCCAAUUCUCUUGCACGCCAAUGCACCCCGGAUAGUUUUCUUGAACCUCUCAAGAAAUCCAAUGUUGGAAAUCCCACUUGAUUUCAUCCAGUCAUGUACUGCCCUACGCGAACUUCGUUUAUCAAACAUGGCGAUGAAGAAGGUCCCGCAAAGUGUACGGCAUAGUGCGACGCUUAUCAACCUCGACAUCUCAUGUAACCGUAUUGCCGAUCUUGACGAUUCUGGAUUGGACCGUAUUCCGCGAUUGGGAACGUUAAAAGCGCAGAAUAACAGGAUCGACAAACUUCCACAGUGGUUUUCUAAACUACGUGCUUUGAAGUUCCUCAAUAUCUCGAACAACAAGUUCCAGGCUGUGCCUUCUGUCAUUCCUGAUAUGACGAGUCUUGUCGAUCUUGAUAUUUCAUUCAACAUGAUCUCUUCCCUUCCUCCGGAAAUUGGGUCGCUGAAAUCAUUACAUAGUCUGGUUAUGGUGGGGAACCAGAUUUCCAGGUUUCCACCAGAGUUUUCGGGCCUCAUCAACCUGGUCAAUCUUGACUGUAGGCGGAAUAACAUCUCUGAUCUUUCGCUCGUCUCGAAGCUACCUAAACUGGAACUCCUGCUAGCAGAUCAUAAUGCCGUGCAUGCCUUGGACCUUUCGGUUGGCCCGGAUAUGAAGUUCUUAGAUUCUUCUCAUAAUGACAUCACACAACUCACUGUCGCGACCAUCGAUUGCCAACCGCGAGAUAUUUACCAUUUUCGUCUUACAUCCCUAAACAUCUCCCAUGCGAAACUUAGUAGCUUGGACGAUACCGCUUUCGUUCAUCUCACUGCUCUGGAAGUACUCCAUAUUGAUCAUAAUGCUUUUCGAUUCAUCCCCGAAACGUUGGGUUUGCUGACGCAACUCAUUACGUUUACGUGUUCUGAUAACCAGCUUGAUGCUCUACCGCUGAGCAUUGGGAAUUUGCAGAGACUUGUUACGCUCGAUGCGCAUAAUAAUAGUUUGACGGAGCUACCACCGACGAUGUGGCAAUGUAGUUCGCUGGAGACGGUCAACGCGACGUCGAACUUGAUUAAUACGUUGCACGAUCCGCCGAGUCCUUCUGCGAGUGUGGAUAAUUUCGAGAUGGUGGAUUCGUUUGCGCUUGCACCGCCUUUGAAGGAUGUACCGAGGAAACCUUCUACUGCGAGUUCCGUGUUUAGCCAGGGUUCGAUGCGAUGGCUGCCGCCUUUAGCGAGGUCUUUGAAGAGGCUUUAUCUUGGAGAGAACCGGCUUACGGAUGACGUCCUACACCCAUUAUCGAUGCUUCGUGAACUCCGGGUGUUAAAUCUUUCGUUCAACAACAUCCAGGAGCUGCCGUUAUCGUUCUUUAGGAAUAUGGUUGCGUUGGAGGAGAUCUACCUGAGCGGGAACAAGCUGUCGAUGAUCCCGACUGAAGACUUGCAUCGCUUGACGAACUUGACUGUCAUCUUUUUGAAUGGAAAUAAGCUGCAGGUGUUGCCGUCUGAGCUUGGGAAGUUGAAGAGUUUGACGGUGCUGGAUGUUGGGAGUAAUGUUCUUAAGUAUAAUAUCAAUAAUUGGGAGUUUGAUUGGAACUGGAACUUCAACAAAGCUCUCAAGUACUUGAACUUGUCGGGCAACAAGCGCCUGAAGAUCCAACCGGACCACAGUCGCAUGUCCAUGGCUCACCAGUCAGCGUCAAAUCGAAGAGUCCUUGCAGACUUUGCCGAGCUUACGCAGCUUCGUGUCCUCGGUCUCAUGGACGUCACUGUUACAUCUGGUAUCCCAGAAGAUGACGAACUGCGUCGAGUACGGACGUCUCUUUCCGAAGUUAAUCAGAUGGCUUAUGGAAUCGCGGAUACACUCGGGAGGAAGGACGUCUUGGGUAUGCUGGACGUCGUCGUACCAGAGUUCUGUGGACGAAGCGACGAGUGUAUAUUCGCGAUGUUCGGUCGAUUCGACGCAUCUCCGAUGAACAAUAGAGUUUCGAGAUAUCUCGGGGAGAACUUCCUCAAGGAGUUCCAGCACCAUCUCGAGAAACUCGAUAGGCAUGCGAAAGAGACUGUGCAUGAUGCUUUGCGGAGAACGUUCUUGGCGUUGAACAAGCGUAUGCAUGCGUUUUGGACGCAGAGUGUUAAUCUUAGUCGGAAGAUGUCUGCUGCGAGUACGGCUACGACUACGGCGGCUUCUAUAGCGGGCGAUCUCAAUAUUUUGCGGAAUGGAGCGUCUGGUAUUGUGGUGUAUUUCGUUGGGAAGACUAUUCAUGUUGCGAAUGCAGGAGAUGUGUUAGCUGUGAUCUCGAGGCAGGGGACAGCGCAUCUUGUUUCGAGGAAACAUGAGCCUUUUGAUCGAGGCGAGACUGCGAGGAUUCGUGCUGCUGAGGGAUGGGUGUCACCGAAGGGGUUGGUGAACGAAGAGACCGAUGUUUCUCGUUCAUUUGGAUUCUACCAUCUCUUACCCGCUGUUAAUCCAAGACCGGAUAUCGUGAGCUGGGAACUCUCGGAGCUGGAUGAGUUCAUUAUUAUCGCCAAUCGUGGACUCUGGGACUAUGUUUCAUAUCGGACUGCCGUGGAUAUUGCACGCUCGGAAAAAGAUGAUCCGAUGAUCGCUGCGCAGAAACUCCGUGAUUUCGCAAUUAGCUACGGAGCGGAUGGUAGCACGAUGAUUAUGGUUAUCUGUGUUUCAGGUUUGUUCGCAGCACGGUCUAGACAGGCAACGGUUGGUUCCUUAGCUGAGGUGGAUACGUACCAAGCACGGAAGCCGAAGCCAAAGGGCCAGGAUAUUGGCGAUGUCCAGCUUUCGAGGUUGCCUCAGGAAGUCCUCGCUCCGACUGGUCAUGUUGCAUUAGUGUUCACGGAUAUUCGGAACUCGACGCAUCUCUGGGACGCGAACGCUGGUAUGCCGACGGCUAUGCGACUGCACAACCAGUUACUGCGACGACAACUCCGGUUGUGUGGUGGAUACGAGGUGAAGACGGAAGGCGACGCGUUUAUGUGUUCGUUCCAGAAUGUGUUAUCAGCGCUCAAAUGGUGCCUGACGGUUCAACUUGAUCUCUUGCAUGAGUCUUGGCCCUUGGAGAUCCUUGAAUGUGAGGAUGGGAAGGAGAUUUAUGAUAAGAAUGGAAGACUUAUUGAACGUGGUCUGUCUGUUCGGAUGGGUAUUCAUUGUGGUACGCCGGUGUGUGAGCCGGACCCGAUUACGCAUCGGAUGGAUUACUUUGGGCCGAUGGUGAAUCGAGCGGCGAGGAUUGUUGGGAGUGCGAAUGGUGGGCAGAUCAUGGCUAGUGCAGAUAUUGUACGGGAGAUUCGUACGCAAGUCCUAAACAAGAAAUACGAUCCGUCAGACCCGGCGUCAAAAGCGUUGGUUACUACGAUAGAAGGAAUUGGCGUUGAGAUUGUCCCUGUUGGGGAACGUCGACUGAAGGGACUUGAAAUUCCUGAGAUACUUUCGUUGGUGUACCCGAAAGAACUCAUUGGGCGGAGCGAGCUGAUCCUUGCGGAGGAACCGGAUGCUUCGGGGUCGCGUGUACAGUUUAGUGUUGUGCAGAUGCGUGAAUUGGCGACGUUGUGUGUACGGUUGGAGGCGUUGACUUCUCAACGUGUUUUACGACCUAUGCCUCCGCGUAAGGGGAGCACGGCAAGUACGUCCGCCGAUCAAGCAGCUGCAGCAACAGCGGACGCCACCUUGUCAUCAUCACCAUCUCUCCCACAAGACGACGGAAGUGGCAGUAGCAUCGACAAUGUCAUCAUGUUCGCCGACCCUACAACGCUCAUCCCGCAUAUUAACGAUAAAGCAACCGAUCGGGAGUUGAUGGCGAUAUUGGAUUCCCUUUCGAUGCGGAUUGAGAAUGCGUUGUCGUCGAUCAUGUUGAGGAGGAUGGGGGAUACACCGCAAGAGUUGUUUGAGAAGAUGCAGAGAGGUGAGGGUGUUGAUGAACGGACGUUGUUGGAUGUACUUGGUAUGUUAAUGGUGGCGCUGCCUUCGAGGCCUGUGAUAGAAGAUGUUGGUUCUUGAUGUUUUUUUUUUGUGUGUGUAGUGUUUAUUAGGGCUUUUUUUGGUGUUUUUUGGGCUUUGAUUUUUCUUUUUCUUUUCUUUCGUUUUUUCUGACUCUCGUUCCCUUUGCUUUGUUGCUGCUUACUCGGUCCUGUAGCUUCCAUCACUCCUUCACCUACCUCUGACCUAAUUUCACGAUUCCCUGUAUAUAUCCUGUCCUCUAAGCUUGUUCCGUGUUUUUUUUUCUGUCUGUCUUACACUGUUUCCUCAUUGCUCUUGUAGACUGCUAUUGUUUCUCUGAUUUGUACUGGCAUCAUUAUUUC